ACGAUAUGCAAACCGUUCCCAGCAUCAUCUUACUUAGUGAGCUUAGCACAUUUGGUGACGGCUGUAGCCUGUGGGAUACCGUGGGUCGCAUCUCGUCGGCUGCGCUCACAUCCACAGUCGGCAUGAGAGGAAGCACGCGGCUGCUGCUGCUGAGAACACACACGCGACCAUUUUAACCCGUACUACGUUUACACCGACGUAGACUACAUCACCCAGAUUCAAGCUGUUUGUUUCAAUUAUCGCAGGCGGACAACGUGGUUGGAAAGAGAGACGGGCAGACUAUAUCGCGGCAGUGUCUCAACAUCAAGUGAGCUGCCUACCUAGACAGCUGCGUCGGGCAUCGUAUCGUCUUCGUGCGCGCUGCGGGCGGCAUUUAAAUCCUGUCGCUGUACAAACACACACACAUGUACAAUAUAGACACAUGUACGCUAUGUGUGAAGGUUCGGAGAAGUUAAGGACGUCUUGGCACUUAGGUUGACGAGAUAAAACAGUCUUUCUAUGGAUUCAUUGAUUGUCAUUUUGUCAAACCACAAGGCAUUUUCCUGCAAACCCAUCUGAGUCCUACAAACAAGUUUUUGCAUUAAGGCGAGGUGCGUCUCUGCGUCCUGAGCAGCAUAAAGCUAAAGCUGACAGAGUUUAGACCAAUCGUGUUUUCAUCAUGAGACUGGCGUUGAAGUAUCUGGACAAGAUGAGAUGUUUCCGGAAACGCUCCGCCAUUCCUUUCCUGGUGGCCCUCAUUACUUUCCUGCUCUUCAUAAACCUCUACAUCGAGGACGGCUAUGUGCUGGAGGAAGAUAAACGUCAGUUGCGAGAGACCUCCAUGCAUCCGCUAAACUCAGAGCGAUAUGUUCAUACCUUUAAAGACAUGACCAAUUUUUCUGGAACCAUCAAUGUGACUUAUCGGUAUCUUGCUGGAACACCUUUACCUCGAAAAAAAUAUCUCACUAUUGGGCUAUCAUCUGUGAAACGAAAACGAGGAAACUAUCUGUUAGAGACCAUCAAGUCCAUUUUUGACCAGUCGAGCUACGAGGAGCUCAAAGAGAUUGUAGUAGUCGUCCACUUGGCGGACUUCGACCUAGCAUGGUGCGAAAGCCUGGUUCAGGAAAUCUCAAGAAAGUUUGGCCAUCACAUCAUUGCAGGCCGGCUACUGGUCAUCCACGCGCCCGAGGAGUACUAUCCAUCGUUGGAAGGGUUAAAGAGAAAUUAUAAUGAUCCCGAAGACAGGGUGCGCUUUCGUUCCAAGCAGAAUGUAGAUUACGCCUUUCUGCUUAACUUCUGCACCAACCUCUCAGACUUCUACAUGAUGUUGGAAGAUGACGUGCGUUGCUCCCGUAACUUUCUCACAGCACUGAAAAAGGUGGUGGCAUCCAAAGAGGGAUCCUAUUGGGUGAUGCUAGAGUUUUCAAAAUUGGGCUACAUAGGGAAGAUGUAUCACUCACGAGACCUUCCCAGACUCGCCCAUUUCCUGCUCAUGUUUUAUCAGGAGAUGCCUUGCGAUUGGCUGCUCAUCCAUUUCAGAGGUUUGCUGGCCCAAAAGGAUGCGAUUCGCUUCAAACCCUCUCUGUUUCAACACAUGGGCUACUAUUCGUCUUACAAGGGGGCGGAGAACAAACUCAAGGAUGAUGACUUUGAAGAAGACUCGCUUGAUAUUCCAGACAACCCACCUGCCAGUCUUUACACGAACAUAAAUGUAUUUGAGAGCUACGAUGCCGCCAAAGCGUACAGUAGUGUCGAUGAGUACUUUUGGGGCAAAUCUCCAUCCACCGGGGACUUUUAUGUUAUAGUGUUCAACAAGGCAACGAAAAUCAGCAAAAUGAAGAUCGUCACAGGAACAGAUGAUCGGCAGAAUGACAUUUUGCAUCACGGAGCUCUAGAAGUGGGGGAGAAAUUAGUAGGAACCAAGAAGGGAAGGCAAUGCUCCUCCUAUAUAACUUUAGGGGAGUUCAAAAACGGAAACAUUGAGGUUCACGAUGUGGACCGCAAAAUAGCUUUUGAUAUCGAAUGCGUUCGCAUCGUGGUAACAGCGAGUCAGAAAGAAUGGCUUAUUAUUAGAAGCAUAAGCCUCUGGACUACACAAGGUGCAAAUCUGUGAGAACUGUUUUCGAACUGUAGCUAAAGGCACAACUAUCAACUAUUUAUUUAUUUAUUUAUUUAUUUCUACAUUUUCUAAAUUAUUUAUUCAUUUCAUCGUCUUUAUUUAUUUUAAGGAUCAAAUCAAUACUGUAGGUGACAUAUAUUGAAGGGGGCAGUUUAACUAUUCAGAGUUUUUUAAGAAAUUAGGCCUUAUUAACUAAUUAUGACUGCAAAUACAUUUAAACUAACUUACCCUCCCAAUGUUGAAGCUGGGUUAUUGUUAAUAAGGUGGUUUGUGCUCAAGUCAUCUCCAUAUGGGGGCUUUCUCCACAACCUCCCAUGCACAUCCAUUCGUCACUUUCUGCAAACAUAUCUUUGUGCUCUACACAUGGCCUCUUGCAAGAGCGCAUACACAGCGAGAUCUUGCAAAGCAAAACUAGCCAUUUUCAAAAUUCGUUGAUAUAUUAAACACUUGUUAUAGGCUAAGAUUA